AUGCCGUCUGGCCGAAUCGACCGCCCAAAGUUGGACGCGUCGGAUUCCAGGACGUUGAAACGAGCCCGUCUUCUGUCACAUCGUGACUGCACUUUGAGUCCCAAAGCUGCAGUCGAUGAUGGUACUGGCUUGCCUGCUGCACUCGCCGCGUCCGCUAUUGCGUGCAAAGUGCCCAAGUUUCUGCGGUCCUUGUACGCGAUUUUGCAGACCGAAGACCCGCACAUUAUCUCGUGGGUCCAGAACAAGGACCUGACGCCAAAUCGCGUCACGGCGUUUCACAUUCUUGAGAUGGAGCGCUUUGAGCGCGAGAUUUUGCCAAAGUACUUUAAACACCAGAAGUUUGCGAGUUUCCAGCGCCAGCUCAACAACUUUGGCUUUCGGAAAUGGACCAAGACGCAGUCGAGUGGCGUCUGUACGUUCAGCCACAAUUGCUUCCCACCGGACCUCUCGGCUGCCACGCCUUGCAAUAUGUCCAUUCGGGAUCAGUGGAGACAGAAGAGCACCCAGGUGCAGACUUCCGUAGCCGCUGGGGGCACAAUGGACAGUCCGUUGAUGAAACGAGGUUUUGUAAGCAACGGCAUCGCCACUGCCAAAGCACAACAUCUUCGUGUUGACCACUCGAGUGUCUCUCGUCGACGGCCAGUUCAUGUGCAGGUUCCAGGUCGCGAUAUCGUCGCUACAAUGUCCCCGUUCGGUGAAAUGUACCACAGCCCCAACUCGACUGCUUGUGUGGACAGCAGUGCCUUUCGUCACCACCUGAGUCACCAGCCUCCUCUGAAGAAGCUAGCACGGCCUCACGUUGUUGUGAAGCAGGAAACUUCCGACUUGCUUGACGGGUUGGAAGCUUUUUGCGACGACUCGUUCAAGCAAGUAGUUUUGCCCCCGCUUCAGCCGCACUAUCUCCAGGCAGCAACCCCCAGGAGUACGUUACAGUCUGCAUCGCUGGCAUCUUCUUUCUCGAUCCCCAGUGACUUCGGUACAGUACAAGCUCCAAGUGGCUGUCGUUUCCCACUGCCUCAGGUUGUGAACAACCCUAGCUCGUCGAGUAUCUUGCCAGCUGAUGGGGGGUGUGGAAGCACUGGUUUCAAGUCAUUUGACAUGAAACAACUGAACGAAACACCGCUGAGUAGCAUCCGAAACAGCUCAACCAACGGAGCGGCUGAUGCAGCAGCUUUGCAAGGUGCUUUUCUGGAGCCAUGGAUGUGGGACGCACAAACGGGAUCUUCGAGCUUUGAGCUCGCCUCGGUCCCUCUCGAAUUCGAGUGCAGAAGACCGGAUUUGAAUUGCAAACCCGAUCCCGAGUGGCAAGAGAUCUCUGGUGCAAGCACUUCUUAUCAAGUGAUGAACGAGUUGUCGGCGGACGUGGGUACGACUGAUCUGUUGAAUAUAGAGCUGUGCCACCAGCAGGAUCGCGGGGAACCUUUGAAUUCGGGAGAUUGUGGUCUAGAGAAUCUGCUUUUCGCCGAGUGGAGGAAGAGGAAGGCUUGA